AUGCUUCCUUCUCACAGACUGAACAAAAUUUCUCUUCAUCUUUCACCUGAUGAUUCUUCCCGGCCUCGCUCUUUACUACCUGGUUUGAAAGAAGCACUUGUAUAUGCAACUCCUGAACAGCAAAGAACUUGGCUUGGCGAGCCUCUGUAUCCAUUGGUGAAAGAACUUGAGCCAUUGCAGACCGCAAAAAUCACAGGAAUGCUUCUUCAAAUGGACCCUAGCGAAAUCGUUCAUUUGAUAGAUUCACCCGAGGCAUUCAAAGCCAAAGAAUCAAUUGAGGUUCUACGGAACUCGAUUCCCACAGAGCUGCAACUUACAAGCUCCACUAAGCCCAUGAGUAAGCUUUGA